CAGUGGUUUUAUACCAUUGAAUUCAAAUUUAACAUAUCCAUCACAGUGAAUCUCUAGACACCUAAUGUACAGAAGAGCGUUACCCAAUUACCCGCUUUUUUAAAGAUGUUUUGGUACACAUUUCUUAAAUUUCAAAGUAAUAAAACUUGAUGAAUAUAAAAAAUUACAUGCAUUUAAAAAUAUAUUAAGUGAUUGAAUCACCUAUAUACAUGUAUAUAUAUUAUAUAUAUGAGCUUUUAAUUUUUAAAUUGUUUGACUACUAUAUCAUAUCGUAACUAUAGUAAUUGAAAUAUAAAUGACGAACCAUCAAGAGCAAAUUUCGUUUAUGCAUACACCAGUUAUAAUAAUAUUUAGUUGCACAAAUUAUAGAUGAAUAUUUUUAUCUUACUUUUAUUUAUUAGUACAAUAUAAUUUAUUGGAGAUGUUACGGAUUCAAUUCGAAGUCUUGAAUUCAAACAUCAAAAAAUAUGUGUUCGUGAAUUUAGUCAUAUGUAUUGUGUUGACGUAUUUCGAGAUGACAAAUUCAGUAAACUACAUAGCAAUCGUUAUUGUCGUCGGAGCUUUGUUGAAAGGGAACACCAACCGUGCAAUGCCUUACGCACUGGUCCUAACGGCAAUUGGAUGCGUGUUUGACAUUUUUUCUGUUCUUUUCCGCCCCACUGAUUAUAAAAGUUCGAGUUGGGCCCAUGUCAAAUUCUUCCAAUAUAUUAUGCGGAUUUUCACCAUCCUGUACGUGCUCCUCUACAUAUUGAUGCUAUAUUGUUAUUGGCUCCAUUCCAUGGCUGUGGCUCAAAAAAAACAAAUAAGACUUCAAUUGGGCUUAUAUAACGAGGAUAAGAAAUAGAAUCGCGCUAUUCAGAAGAAAAAAAUAUUUACUAUAGAUUAAAUUAAAUUUUAUUUUAUCUGUUA